AUGGCAGAAUCAGAGGAGAAUUAUGGAAAAAACAUACAAGAAACGAACAAAGAUGAUGUUGUGAAAGAAGAAAUUGUUGAAAAAGUUGAGGAAUCUGGAAAAAUCAUCAAAAAAGUAAAAAAAGUCGUAAAACGCAAGAAACGACCGGCACGUAAACAAAUAGAGGAGAGACCAGAAUUUGAAAUGGAAGCUCCUCAACAAGGUCAAGUGUAUAAUAUCUGGUAUAAUAAAUGGAGUGGUGGAAAUCGUGAAGACCCUUUAAAAAGCCAAUUGAAAUCUGAUACAAGAUGUAACAUUGAAAGCGAUUCUGGUUACACAAAGGCUGAUAAAAUUCCUGGGUCUUAUUUUUGUCUUUAUUUUGCUAGAGGAAUGUGUUCGGAAGGAUCAAAAUGUGAAUUUUUGCAUCGUUUACCCAACGAAACCGAUUUUUUCAAUGCCAACGUAGAUUGCUUUGGAAGAGAAAAGCAUGCCGACUAUCGGGAUGACAUGGGUGGUGUUGGUUCCUUUUUACGCCAAAAUCACACUCUUUACGUUGGUGGAAUUCAGCCAACAGAUGAUAUUGAAGAAAUUGUAGCUCGGCAUUUUGCUGAAUGGGGUGACAUCGAACGCAUACGUGUUUUGAAUUCUCGAGGAAUCGCUUUCGUCACAUACGUGAAUGAAGCCAAUGCCCAGUUUGCAAAAGAAGCAAUGGCUCAUCAGUCCCUUGACAAUGAUGAGUGCCUUAACUGUCGAUGGGCGACGUUAGAUCCCAACCCAGCAUCUCAAGCACGAAAUCAGAGACGUUUAGAGGAACGUGCAGCAGAUGUCGUGAAAAAACUAUUGCCCAAAGAAUUUUUGGAGGAUUUACAAGAUUCGAAAACUGGUAAAGGAAAUCAAAAAAAGCGGAAACUGGAAUUAGAAUUUGGGCUCAAGGGUUAUGUGCCUUCUGAUGAUUUACUUUAUGCUGAUGGAUCUUCUUCUAUCCGAAACCAAAAAUCUAUAGAAGCAUCCUCUGGGCCAGUGCAGCAGACAGAGGUUUCCGAGGCUAGUGCUGAUGCCACAGAGCAAACGUCCGCUUCGUCCAACAAAUUUCUUAAAUCUGAUGUUUUGAAGGAUCUUCGCAAAAUAUCCCAAUCCUCGCAACAAAAGAGUCCAGCACUGGUUGCUGGAUAUGAUAGCGAUGAAGAUUAA